AUGACGGGCGUGUGCUUCGUGGGGCUGUGGAACGUGCAGGCGCUGCAGGGCUUCGUGCUGGCGCCGCUGUUCUUCUACCUGGUGCUGGGCACGGCCUUCCUGCUCACGGGCUUCGUGUCGCUGUUCCGCAUCCGCACCAUCAUGAAGCACGACGGCACCAAGACGGACAAGCUGGAGCGCUUCAUGGUGCGCAUCGGCGUGUUCUCGGUGCUGUACACGGUGCCGGCGACCGUGCUGGUGGCCUGCCUGUUCUACGAGCAGGCGCGCCACGACGAGUGGAUGGUGGCGUGGCAGCGCGAGAAGUGCGCGUCCCGCGAGGAGCCCUGGGUCACCUACAACAUCAACUGCCCGCCCGGCGUCGACAGGGACACGCCGCUGGCCAAGCCCGACUUCAUCUUCUUCAUGGUCAAGUACCUGAGCACGCUGGUGGUGGGCAUCACGUCGGGCUUCUGGGUGUGGUCGGGCAAGACGCUCGCCGUCUGGAAGAACUGCUACAACCGCUGCCUCGGCCGCCGCACCGAGAGCUACACAGUGCAAGUAGAGAGCCAAGGCCUAGAGCUAGAAGUACCUCUAGACCUUGUACGUAACAAGGCAAAGUACCCACCCACUGGCACCUGCGACCUCUCUGUAAACCAUGUGACAAGUUACAGUGGAUUGCAGUCCACACAUGUUGCAAAAGACCAUCAGAAUUUGCCAAAGUCUGAACAAAUGCAAGGAGCAGAGAGUCUGAAUGCAGCAAUGCAGAGAAGCCUCAGCAUAACUCAGAACAAGGAAGCUGAAGUGGUCAUUUUGUUGCGGCUUGAUGGAUCACAGGGAAAUGACACACAUGAUUUUAUUGACAAGGGGUUUAAGAGUUGA